CCGACCAAGGGCUGGAUGCAAAUGAGCCGAAAGGAAGUUGUCAGCAGCCCGGCGCUGCGGCCAAUAGUGGGAAGGCUCCAUGUCAGCCGAGCGGAGCGUGCGCGAGGAAAGGGGCACGGAGGAGCAUCCCUUCAAAGGAGAGCCCCCAAAUCCCAGACAUCCAAACACAGCAAGAGGACCCUGCAGGAAUGGCCACCUUCAACACCACCCACUGGAACGAGACUACAUCCAUUUACCAAUACCUGGGCUUCCAAGUGCAAAAAAUUUACCCUUUCCAUGAUAACUGGAACACGGCCUGCUUCAUUAUUUUGAUUAUAUUUAUCUUUACUGUGGUUUCGCUGGUGGUGUUGGCUUUCCUCUAUGAGCUGCUAGACUGUUGCUGCUGCGUGAAAAAUAAAACUGUCAAAGACCUGGAGAAUGAACCCAAUCCUGUCAGAGCCAUGAUGGAGAGCUUCAGAAAGCGCGAAGCCGAAGUGGUGUAGGAAGGACUGACCAACACCUCGAACAUUUAACACCUCCAGGGAAGCCUCUUGAAUCUGAUAAAUGAGCAGUCACGUGCUUUUCCUUUUCUUCUCCUUAAAUAUAAUUAAUAGCAACAGUUACUAUUUAAUUUCUGGAUGUGAACUUGAAUAAUCUGCAAAGGCUUUUUGAGUGCAAAAGGAUGAUGUGUUGCAGUGUCAUGGGGAAAGAAAACCUUUUUGUUUUUAAAUGAAUUUGUUGUUUAUACUGAAUUACUGGAU